AUGAAUUCUUAACAAUAUUAGAAAGAAAUCUGGAAUAUGAGAGUUGCUGUCAAAGUAGAACUCUAAAAGAGUAAUAUACCACCUAUGUAUCUCAUGAUAUAUAGAUAACAUUAUUUACUCUUCUAUUACCAAUAAAUCUAUGAUGUACUAAUAUAUGCAUUAAAAUAUUAGCAUUUUGAUUCCUUUUCUCCUUAAGUUAAUAAAAUUAAUCAAAUUUCUUUUCUAUACAAAGAUGUUCUAUUACCAUACUAAAUACCUUUUGGAUUAUUAGUUGAUUUAUAUAAAAGUGACGAUACAUUCAUACCUAUUGAUUUAUAAUUAAUCUAUUAAAAAGAAGCACAUUUUCUUGAUUUAGAAGAUGAAAUAAGGAAUUAAAUCAAAUUUAAUCUUAAAUAAGCAUGUUUUGGUCGUUAUAAUCAUGAAGGAUAUGGAACUCCAUUAAAAAAUUUAACAUAAUAUAUGUCAAUAAGUGAUGAGAAAUAGGCAUUAAAGUAAAUAAAGUCUUUUGAAAAUAAAGAAGAUCUCUAUAAAUAUUAUAAGAAAAUAUUUGAAUCACCUAAAACAGGAAGAAUUUAGUUACCAAUUAGAAUAUAUUUUAAAAAAGGAGGUCAUUUAUAAACUAUAAUUGAAUUGAAAGAUUAAUAAUUAACAAUAGGAUAAGCCUUAAGUACAAAAUUGUAAGGAGGUACUUAUAUAUUUAAUGGAUUAAAUUUAAAUAUGAACAUUCCUGCUCAAGAUUUUUAUGAUCAGCUUUACUCAAUUGAUGGAUUUUGUUAUUUUGUUUGUGAGUGA